ACUGGGCGCGCCUCGCUCGCUCCUUCAGCUUUUCGAGGCGAGGCCGGAAGUGACGCAGGCGAUGUAGUUUCCUGUUAUCUCGCCGAAGAGUUGAUUUUGUCGGGCGCUGGCCGCAGCAGAUUUCCUCAUAGAAACUGUAGGGAGAGCAAAGAAGAGGGAGGGAGCGUGCGUGAGUGCGGGAGGGUUGUACGGAGUUACUGAAGCCCUUUCGCGGCCUGGCUUGCUGGGGCCGCCCUCACAGUCUUCCUCUUUAUCCCAUUUUGCGCCCGGGCUGCAGGGAGAUUCGCUGCCAGCUCAGCCAUGCAGGCCAUUAAAUGUGUGGUGGUGGGAGACGGGGCUGUGGGUAAAACAUGCUUGCUGAUCAGUUACACUACCAAUGCUUUUCCUGGGGAAUACAUCCCAACUGUUUUCGACAACUAUUCUGCCAAUGUUAUGGUGGAUGGAAAGCCAGUUAACCUGGGGUUGUGGGAUACAGCUGGACAGGAGGACUACGACAGAUUACGUCCGUUGUCUUACCCACAAACGGACGUGUUCUUAAUUUGCUUUUCACUGGUUAGCCCAGCCUCAUUUGAAAAUGUUCGUGCUAAGUGGUACCCAGAAGUGCGACACCAUUGUCCCAACACUCCCAUUAUCCUUGUGGGCACCAAACUGGAUCUGAGAGAUGAUAAAGACACUAUUGAGAAGCUGAAAGAAAAGAAACUCACCCCAAUCACCUAUCCUCAGGGACUUGCCAUGGCAAAAGAGAUUGGUGCUGUAAAAUACUUGGAAUGCUCUGCCCUCACACAGCGAGGGCUGAAGACUGUAUUUGAUGAAGCGAUCCGAGCAGUCCUGUGCCCACCUCCAGUUAAGAAGAGAAAGAGAAGAUGUCGGCUGUUGUAAAACCUCCCACAUGCCAUCUUUUCUUCUGUCCCUCGUGAGUCUGUUGGCUCAAUAGGGACCAAUGACUAAAAUGCCAAUUCCCAGUCCUAUUUGUGAUAAUUCAUUUAUUGCCUAUAAAUAUAAUCUUGAAUUUCUCCAAAUCUUAUUUUCCCCUUGUACCUAUUAGAGACAUACAUUUCCCCC